CAAAUUCCACCCUCUGCGUAUCCUAAUAUUUUUUUUAGCUGCUUCGUCUAAGUCCAGAACGGAGUGCAGCUUGCAGUUUUUGAAGUACUGAAGUUGAUGUCCCCUGAAUAACGUGUUUCCAGACCGAAGAUCUUUUGUUACUGCUACUAUGGCACACUCAAGUCAAGAUGGCGACUAUGUAGCUGAUGGUGAAGUUGGAUGGUCCUCCAUUGGUCAUCGUCUGAAUUCCUUCCAGCACUUCCCUCGUUCUGAAGAAAUUUCAGCGGAGCGACUGGCCCGUGCAGGCUUUUAUUUCACAGGCGAGGCUGACAAGGUGUGCUGUUUUAGCUGCCAUGCGACGGUGGAGGACUGGAACAGAGGGGAUACCCCAUUGAAGAGACAUCAGCAAGCAUCUCCCGGCUGCAAGUUCCUUAGCUGUGCUCACGGCUUGAGAACCUCCAACCUCGUCCACAGCCCUGCUUACGACGAAGUGGCCGAAGCCAGAGAGUUCCUCCUCCGCACGGGAGGGGUGGUGGAUGAGACCAUUUAUCCCACUGUGCCACACAUGAAGAGUGAGGAAGCUCGGCUGAAUACUUUCAGUGACUGGCCUGCAGACGCUCCAGUUCAGCCCGAUGACCUGGCAGCAGCAGGGAUGUAUUACUGUGGGACAAAUGACUAUGUGCAGUGCUUCUGUUGUGGGGGGAGACUGGCAGGAUGGGAGCAAGGUGACGAUGCCUGGGAUGAACAUGCAAAGCACUACCCAAACUGCUUCUUCAUCUUGGGCCACGAUACGGGCAAUGUGCCGCUGACAACACCUAGACCCAGGCUGAAUGGCCGUAUAGCCUCCGUGGAGACUUGUGAGGGGCGUCUUGAUAGCUUCAGAGGCAGACAACACCCCAUAGAUCCUGAGAGGCUGGCCAGAGCUGGUUUCUACAGCACAGGAGAACAAGACCGUGUGAUCUGCUUUAGAUGUGGAGGAGGAGUGAAGGACUGGAUACCUGAGGAAGACCCUUGGGAGGAGCAUGCCAGGCACUAUCCAGGCUGCAGUUUCCUUCUGGCAGAAAAAGGAGGAGAAUAUGUCAGCAAUAUACAACUGAGAUAUCCGAAUGGAGUCCAUUCAAGGUCAAGUCAGAAUGGUUUUUCAAGUCAUGAGCAAGCAGCACAGAAAGUCCUGCAGUCAGAGAUUGCACAAAAGGCUGUAGAUAUGGGUUUUGACCCCAUCAAAGUGGAGAGCGUUCUCCAGAAGUUACGUCAGAACAAUGAGGGCUAUGCUUCAGUGGAGGCUCUUAUUCAAGACAUCCAUGCACUGGAGAGCGCCAGUGACGUGCCUAAGAAAGUUGAGGACCCCAUGAUGAAACUUGAGAAACUCCAGAGGGAGAAACUCUGUAAAGUCUGCAUGGACAGUGACAUUAGCACAGUCUUUAUUCCCUGUGGACACCUGGUCACUUGUCAAAAAUGUUCAGAAUCCCUGGACAAGUGUCCUAUCUGCUGUGCCACCAUCACACAGAAGAUAAAGACCUACAAUGCCUAAAA